AUGACGGCUGUCGCAUUGUUGGGUGAAGAAAUGGCGAAAAAGAUUUCAUUGUCUGAACCAGUUUCAAAAAGCCCCAAAAAAUCGAGUGCAGUCAGUUUGCUCUCUUCGUCUUCAAGUGAGUUUUAAUUUUUGCAGAAAACAAUAAAUUUGAAUUUUAAAAAUUGCAGGCGAAGAUCCACCAAGAAAAAAGAGUUCGCUCAAGGAAAAUAUUGCCAAUGUUUUGAGAUCGCCAAAUUUUUUGCUUCGCAGAGAAGCGACAAAGUGAGUUUGAAGAAAAAAUUGGUGGAUACAGUAAUCCAAGAAUUUUGUUGUGGAACUUUUGGAAAAUUUUGUAGGAAUCUUUUGAAGGAAUUUUUUGAAAAUACGGUAAUUUAGAAAUGUUGUAAUACUUAUUUUUCAUUAAAAAAACCUUCUCUUUAAUUUAAUUUCGUAUUUUAUUUCAGACUUCGAUGGGAUCAAGUUCGUGAUCGACUUCGCUUGAAUCGCAUCAAAAUUUCAAUAAAAGAUCGGAGUCGCAGUCGAAAAUCUUCAAAAUCUAGUUAGUUUAUCCUAUUUAUUUAUUACUUAUCCCCUGAUUGGCUUAUCUUUGAUAAUCCUAAAAAAAAUUGGAUCAGGAAAAAAUGAGAACAAGAUUAUAAUUUUGUUUUCUCAUCUUCAUUGUCAAAUACCAAGUUUUGGGGUUCAAAAAUAGAGUUGAAUCUUGAGUUAUUUUUAGAAAAGAAACUCGAAUAAAAUCAAAUAAAAUUGAAUCAAAUCUGCUGACCCGAUGCAUGUUUUUUUCUUCCGCGAAAUAUUUUUGCAGCCGGAGAAAAAUUGCUUUUUUCGUCUCACACGAUGUGAAAAAAAUGUGUUAGUAAGCUGAAAACAAUUAUCAAAUCACGUCAUUUGACAGACAGACAACUGUGUUUUUCUGCGUUUUUUUUUUCUCAUUUGAUAGGUUCCUCUUUGUGUAACAAAUAUAUCUAUAUCAUAUAUUACUUUUUCACACGUGUUUUAUUUUUUUCCUAAUUUUAGAACUUUAUAUUAUAAUCACAUCACUUGUUUUUGAACAAUACUUAUAAUUAAAAAUUUAUUUUCUGUAUGAGUUAUUUUUAAAUAGAAAGUUUCUGAUGAGGAACUAAAUUUUCACACUAUUUUCUAAAAAAAUUAACGAUGUGAGAAAAUUAGCAUAUUUGAUACAGCGAAACGUAAACUGUGACGUGGCAAUUUAAAACAAAAUUUUAAAAAACCAUGUUUUCCGAUACCUUUUUACGUGAACUUCUAUCUUGGCAUUUAGGAACUUCAUUUUAAAAUUUAACUGGGAUCACAAAAAACGCUAAUGGAAUCUUAGGUUCCAAAAGAAACUUCAAAAUCACUUUCAAUGUGGAUUGUUUUUCCAAUUCUCAAAUUUUUCUUCAAAAAACUUGUCACGUCAUUUUUAGAAAAUUCAAAUCAUAACUGACAGAUAUACCUUUUCUUUUGUAUAUCAGUGACAUUUCUGAAAAAUUAUGAUUAAAAUAUACUGAAAUAAUUAUUUUUCUCCUAAAUUUUCGAAAAUUCAUACUACAAACUCCAUAAUUUUAAGUUCAUUCAAUUAACAAAAAAUAUUAAUAGCCAUAGUUCAAAACUGAUGUCAGUUUUUCCUUCUUCAUUUCUCUCAUUUUUUUUGUUAUUUUUUUUUGUUCCCCCAAGGGACAUGUCAUGUUUUUCGCUGUUAUCUUCUCGCCAUUUUCCCCCUCGUUUUUUUCGAUUCUUCAGGCAGGCACCAAAAGAGAAGGCGGAGAAUAUUGGAGAAGAAAAAACGGACCACUCAUUUCUCUCUUUAUUUUUUGCUCUUCAACUUUGAGUUGAAAAUAUAUACUUUUCAUUGUUUUUGAUUUUAUUUCUCACAAAUUCAAAGAAUAUCAAUAAUAGUAAUGAGGGGCGAAACAUUUUUGUGUCGUGUCGUGCAAACUGAGCUUUCAUCCAAAGUGUCUCAAAUUUCCUCUCACUUUUUCGUUGCUUUGAAUUUUAUUUUAUGUUUUUCGAUCAUGGUUCUAAAAAAAACAAAACCAAACCAUUAUUUUCCUUUUUUCACACCGAUUCCAACCAAUAAAAUAAGGAAAUUUUCCCGAAAUUUAUGAUCGACGAAAAUUGAAAAAAGCCGAGAAAAUUGAAUCACGCGAUUUUUCCGUUUUUCUGGGAGCCAUAAGAAUUCCUUUUUGCUCCCUCCUAUUCUAUUCUUAUUGUUGUUGUUCCAAUUUUUCUUCCGCAUUUUCUUUUUUUUCAAAAAUGAACACUGAAUAUCUACAGUAAUCUACAGUAUGCCACUGAAACGCCGGUUACCCAGAAGUAUAUCGGCACCAAUUUUUGAAAAAUCAUCGCGUCGAAAUGUUAUUGAUAUUCUUACUUUGAAACUUCGAGAAUUUUUACCGUUCAGUAAGUUGAAAGUAUUUGGAUUAUUUGAGAAAAGUUUUUGAAAAAUAAGAGCUUCAUUAAUAGUAACAUUUUUGGGGAUUUUUAAUAGAUCUUUUAUUAAUAUUCCAUUGGUGAUCUUUCCAUUUUCGAAUAAUUUUCUAGAGUUUUUAUCAUUUGUCGAUUUGAUGAAAGGAUCUCACAAACUUGUCAGUAUCCCCUGAAGAAAAUUUUUUAUCGAGAUAAUCCAACCUUUAUUUCUGAGGAACCCCCAUAUUUUAUGGACCCUUAGAUUUUGACAAAGCCAAUUUUUUGCCAACUUUUGUAAGCCAUGACGUUUCUGAAAAAUAAGUCGUUCAAAAAUGCUUCCAUAUGAUGAUGUCUUUUGUUUUUGUCUCGUUAAAAUUUAUGAGAAAAUGACUUACAGUAACCCAAUGCACUUUUUUUUCUAAUUUCAAAUCAAAUUUAAUUUCAUUUUCAAUUCUUCAACAACAAAAAAAACAAAGAAUUUAUUUUUUCAUUCUUCUUCUAACCAACUCAAAUGUUAAUCUUUUAAUUCUGUGCUUUUUUGAGUCUCAAAAUGUUUUCUUUUUCUUCGCUUCUUUUCAUUUUUUUUCUGUGGCCAAUGAAUAGGAAAUGAGAAGAAGAAAAAGGAAAAAAAGAAGGCUGGAAAAUGAAGCGAUGAAAAAAAAAACGAAGAGCAUCCAAUUAUUUUUCGAUCACACUUUGAACUAACAAACAUUUGAAUGAAUGCUAAAUUAGCAAAAUUCAAAUAAAAAUUAUCCUUUAGUGUUCAAAAAAAACUAAACUCCUGAAAAAUUGUAACAUUCCAUGGGAGAUUUUUGCCAAAACCUUAAGUCUUGGUCCCUUUUCUGGUUCCUCGAGGAACUCAAAAAGUAUGAGUUCCUAGAAAAUCGUCACUUUUCCUGAACUUAAUUAAAAGUUUUUGUCGCAUCAACCGGAAAUAUGAGAGCGCGAAAGGAAAAAAAGUGGAAAAAACAAAACAAAAAUGUGUGCGUCAUUUUUGGUUGCCUAACUCAUAAUUGGGUUGGAAUAAAAAUAAAAUAAAAUGGAAGGAAGGAAAAGUUUGCAAAGGUACUGUAGGUGGAGGGAUUUGAUACUUUGGAACAGAUUUACUUACAGUAAUAGUUAUCUCUAGAGAGGGAAACGAGGAAACUCCGAAAAUAUGUUAAAGAACUAUUCUGCGGUUAAACAUUUUAUUGAUUAUUUAAAAUACGUUUCAAUUUUCUCUGAAUAUGAUUUUUUUAUUUUUCGAAUAGAUCUCUCUAUUCGAUAUACGGUAUCUUCACUCGAUAUUUUAAGCUUCGUUUUUUUACCAACCUGGAAUUUCCAGAAUUCUUGAACAAAAAAACUAGACAAUUUUAUAUCAAAAAACAAUUUUUAAUUUUCUCUGAAUCUGAUUCACUUUUCUAUUUCUAAAUUAAUUAAUUUUCGCUCAAAGAGUUCUCAACCUACUUUUUUCGAAAAUAAGUAAAACUUGUUGCAACUUUCCGAGAAAAAAACUACAGUACUCUCUAGCUCCUAAAAAGACCAAAGACUUGUGUCGUAAAUCAUUGCUGCUGCCAAGUUUGUUUUUUCGUGUGGUAAACACUUCUUCUUCUUCUUCUUUCCCAAAGGAAUCCCUUUUUUGACCUCGCAAAAAAUCAAAAAAAGAAAUUCUGACAUUUUUCGAGGGACGACUAAAAUAACUUGAUAUUUAUUUUUCAGCUUUCGGAAAUUAGGUAAUCAUAAUUUCCGAUAUCCUGGUUAUUUUGCAGAAACAAAAAAUAUUUUAGUUUGUGUCAUUGUGCAGUGGAAUCUGGUGUUUGGUUGAUCAAAGUUUUUUGUUUCAUUUUAUGACUUGAGGUUUAGAGAGGAUUAUUUGAAAUUGAAAGAAAGAGAAAACAAUUUGUGUGGGGGUUCAGAAUUUUUUUGAGAAACCUUUGAAAAAUAUGCCUGUUAUUUUAUUCAAAACUCAGUUUUUUUUUCCUCGAACAAUGGAAAAAUUCAAUUCUUUUGUUUUACUCAAAUUUCCAUAAUUUAUGACUCAAUUUUCUUCAAAAAGCUUCAAAAUUUCAAAUUAAAAUUCAGCAAAGAAAUGGUUGAUAUUUUGACCUCGAACACUUCCUUCUUUUCUUUUCUCAACAUCAUAAGCUCGGCAAAAAAUACUUUUUUUUUUUUGAAAAACCCGGAAAUCAGCCAACAAAAAACGUGCGGGUAUUUUUCAAAUAAAUAGACGCAGACAUACACUAAAUUCAAUUCGAUGCAGAAAAAACGGGGAAAAUGCGAAGAUGGCUCCGCCCAUUUUUUGGCUCUCCGUGUGCCAGCAGAUUUUUUUCCAUAUUUUUUAUUCGAAUAUUUAUUUUAUAAUUUUAAUAUUGAGAAAAAGAAUAUCUAUCCCAGAGGGCAAAAAUUGGAAAAUGAGAUCGCCUAGAAAACUAUUGAAACAAUUGUCGAUUUCAAGAGGUUUGCAUCAAAUAUUUUUGGGAAUAAAAUUAGAUCCCUGGGGUUCCCGAAGUCCCUGACUUUUUUGGUUUUUGAAAAUCUUGAUUUUUCAGGAGAACGUCGACGUCGAUCAAAUGAUCAAACAAAUGUUCCAACACCGCCAGCUUCUGCAAAUUCGAUCGGCUCAAAUUGUGUUCCAGCAUCGCCAAGAUUGAGGUAAUUUUAGAAUGUUUUUGAGAUUUUCUCGCGAUUAGGUUCGCUAGAAUACAAACCUUCCAUUUCUGAAGUUAAAGGAGUUAACAUUAAAUAAAAAAUAUUUGAGACAGGAAACAAGUACUGUACGGCUUUUUCACUUGUGAGACAAUUUUUCGAAAUUCGUUUGAAAUUUAAUAAAUGCGAAACAUCUGGGUCUCGCGGCGGCGAGAAAAAGUACUGUAGUAAAAUAUUAUAUGAUCUUCUUGGUUCCCAAAUCUGAAAUCAUAGGGGUCUUGUUACUAAAAAGAUACUGUAGAAAGGCGAUUCCAAAAACAUUUUUUAUUUCGUCCAAAGACCUUGUCGGAUUAAUUUUCGAGGCCAACGACGAUUUUCUUAAAAAGGCUUAAAAAUGUUCUUGGCGAAAAAAAAUGACAAUCGGGUUAACUUUUGUUGAAUAGAAACAGACCAGACAUUUUCUCUCGAAAAUGUGUGAUUCAUAAGUUCAACAACAAAUCGAAUCAUCUCGAAAAGUCAUACAUUUUCGCUGAAAUCCAUACUAAUCUUGAGCCAAACAAAAUGAUGAUGUUUUUUCAUUUUCUGUGUAUAAUUUUGCCUGAUUUGUUAUUUAUUUCAAAUGACGAUAAUUCGGUUUUUUCCCUCCAAUCCUCUUCUCUCGUUUUUUUCUUUCUUUUUUUUUUGAUUAUUAGAUUAGAACAAUUCGGCUGUGACCGCAUUUUUCGCACAUAAUAAAAUAAAGUGAAAGAGGCUCCCUUUUCAGCUUUAAAAUAAGGGAGGAAACCGGGGGGAAAUAUCGAAUUUCAAUCUGACGAGGAAUGAGAUCAGUUUUUUGUAGACAAAGUGCAGCGAGAUCAUAAAAACGAAUAGCAAUUAUAGGAGGAUAAUUGAAAAAUACUUAACGUUUCACUUUACUAAAAAAAACAGUUGAUCAUCUAAAAACAUCAUAAUUGGCUUCAUUAAUUAAUAAUUAAAAAUAAUAUUUUUGCAGUCCAAACGAAUGGCAAUUUGCAUUUGAUCAUGUUAUUUAUGAUCCAGAUGGCAGAGCACAAUUCACCAAAUUUCUUCAAUCAGAAUAUUCCGAAGAGAAUAUUCUUUUCUGGUGGGCAGUUGAAGAAUUAAAAGCAGUCAGUUCUUCAGAAGGUCGGAAGAAAUUCGAACAAACAGUUCAAGAAAUGUAUGACACUUUCAUUGCUGCCGAAUCGCCAUUGGCUAUUAAUAUUGAUCAUGAUACAAGAACUGAUAUCAUUGAAAGGUUUUUUAUUGAAUCGAUUAUUUUAAAUUUCAACAUUUUAUUUUCAGAGUUGAGGGAAAAGAUGCGACAACAUUUCCGGAAAAUAUUUAUGAAAGAGCACAAGCGCAUGUUUAUCGGCUAAUGGAAAAGGUACAGUAAUUUAUGCUAAUCCUUCGAUUUUCUGAAACAUAAAAAAACCACGUUUCAGUUUUGUUUCUUGGUGAAAAAUAAGAAGAUAGGAUAAGAUUAGAUUAGCACAUUAGUUUUUCGUUUCUAUUUUUCUAAUCCGAUAAAUCUUCGAAAGAAAAGGGAACAUUUUUUCACAAUUUUCUGAAAAAUUCAUUGAUUUUCUUUUUUUGCAGGAUUGUUUCUCACGAUUUGUUCACACAAAUGCUUACAAAGAUGUUGCCAAAAAACUAUCAUUGCCUCAAACUUUUCGGUUUAACGUCCGACUUUCACCAGGAACCUAA